CAAACACACUCCUACUGAGUCACGAGACUCUCCUGUAGUCUAUCAACCGAAGAGCGCGCGAAGCUGGAGGCAGCGAAGAGGAUGUGUGCGUCUCUUCAAACGGGCUUGAUUGCGUGUUUGCGAAUGUUUUGAACGAGGGUGGAUUUCUUACACUUUAAAACAUCCAAGAUCACACCUUCUACUGAAUUGAAUGCUUACGAGUCCCGAUAAUUCUGAUGGAAUUAUGUUGACAAUUCUGUAAUAUCAUUUAUUUUGCAAAUAUCUUUGAUCGCGACCAGAGAGGAAGACACUAUUAGCUUGCUCUAAUUAUAACGUUGUUACUUUAGGCUCCUUAUUCAGCAUAUGCUACUACUGUCAACUGGAAUACACAAAGGAACAAGGUGGAAUAGUUUUUCUUCGUCCUAUUUCUGUUCUGCAACCCACAGAAGACCUGCUGUUGUAGGCCUAUGUGUUUCAAGUAAUGGAAGAGAGGUGUUUCAUUUUUUGACAAUCAAAUGUCAUAGUCAAAACGUACAGGACCGAGAGGGUGAGUGAGAUUGCCUAGCAGUAGCAGCGAUGUCUCAACUGUACUACCGGAGGACAGACAACUCCUCCUACAGGGACCGGAUCCCUCUGAGGAUUGUUAGGGCCGAGUCUGAACUGUCUGGCCUGGAAAGGAACUACCUGGGAGCAGUGGAGAAAGGAGACUACGCCUCAGUCAAACAGGCUCUAGAGGAGGCAGAGAUCUACUUCCGGAUCAACAUUAACUGUAUAGACCCCUUGGGCCGCACAGCUCUGCUGAUCGCUAUAGAGAAUGAGAACCUGGAGAUUAUAGAGCUGCUGCUCACCUAUAACGUGUACGUCGGUGAUGCUCUCCUACACGCCAUCCGUAAAGAGGUGGUGGGGGCCGUGGAACUGCUGCUCAACCACAAGAAGCCCAGUGGGGAGAAACAGGUUCCUCCCAUCCUAUUGGACAAGCAGUUCUCUGACUUCACUCCUGACAUCACACCCAUCAUCCUAGCAGCUCACACCAACAACUAUGAGAUCAUCAAACUGCUGGUGCAGAAGGGGGUGUCUGUGCCCCAGCCACAUGAGGUGCGCUGUAACUGCAUGGAGUGCGUGUCCAGCUCUGAUGUGGAUAGUCUUCGUCACUCCCGCUCACGUCUCAACAUCUACAAGGCCCUGGCCAGCCCAUCACUCAUAGCCCUCUCCAGUGAAGACCCUUUCCUCACAGCCUUCCAGCUCUCCUGGGAACUACAGGAACUCAGCAAGGUGGAGAAUGAGUUUAUGUCGGAGUAUGAAGAGUUAUCUCAGCAGUGUAAACAGUUUGCCAAGGACCUGUUGGACCAAACCAGAAGUUCCAGAGAACUAGAGCUGAUCCUGAACUACAGAGAUGACAUCAACCCUCUACUGGAUGAGAACACCAACGAUCUGGCCAGACUCAAACUGGCUAUCAAAUACAGACAGAAAGAGUUUGUAGCCCAGCCUAACUGUCAGCAGCUGCUUGCGUCUCGUUGGUACGAUGAGUUCCCUGGGUGGAGGCGUCGUCACUGGGCAGGGAAGUUCCUAACCUGUGUCUUCAUCGGCCUCCUCUUCCCCCUCUUCUCCCUCUGCUACCUGGUCUCUCCUAAGAGCCACUAUGGACACUUCAUCAGGAAGCCCUUCAUCAAGUUUAUCUGCCACACAACGUCGUAUCUCACCUUCCUGUUCCUCCUGCUGCUGGCCUCCCAGCACAUCGUCUCUACAGACCCCAACAGACAGGGGCCGACUCCUACUGUGGUGGAAUGGAUGAUACUGCCCUGGGUACUGGGCUUCAUCUGGACAGAGAUUAAACAGAUGUGGGAUGGAGGGUUCCAGGACUACAUCCAUGACUGGUGGAACCUCAUGGACUUUGUUAUGAACUCUCUGUACCUGGCUACCAUUUCUCUGAAGAUUGUCGCCUAUGUCAAGUACAGUGGCUUCAGGGCCAGGAACGAAUGGCAGAUGUGGCAUCCUACCCUGGUAGCAGAGGCUGUGUUUGCCAUCGCUAACAUCUUCAGCUCCCUCCGCCUCAUCUCUCUGUUUACAGCUAACUCCCACCUGGGACCUCUACAGAUCUCUCUGGGCAGGAUGCUGCUGGACAUCCUUAAGUUCCUGUUUAUCUACUGCCUGGUGCUCCUGGCAUUCGCUAACGGGCUCAACCAGCUCUACUUCUACUACGAGACAGACGAGGGACUGAAGGGAUGCAAGGGCAUCCGCUGCGAAACACAGAACAACGCUUUCUCAACGUUGUUUGAGACACUCCAGUCUUUGUUCUGGUCUGUCUUUGGGUUGAUCAGUCUGUAUGUGACCAACGUGGAGGCAGACCACCAGUUCACAGAGUUUGUAGGGGCCACCAUGUUCGGAACCUAUAAUGUCAUCUCUCUGGUGGUUCUACUCAACAUGCUGAUCGCCAUGAUGAACAACUCAUACCAACACAUCGCUGAUCAUGCAGACAUUGAGUGGAAGUUUGCAAGAACCAAGUUGUGGAUGAGUUACUUUGAAGAGGGAGGGACUCUGCCUUCUCCAUUCAACAUCAUCCCGAGCCCCAAGUCAAUCUGGUACUUCAUCUGCUGGAUCAGGAAACACAUCUUCAAGAUCACCAGGGCCAAGAAAACAGAAACAUUUGGAACCAUAGGGAGACGGGCUGCUAUAAAUGUAAGAAUAAACCACCAGUAUCAGGAGGUUUUGAGGAACCUGGUGAAGAGAUAUGUAGCAGCCAUGAUCAGAGAUGCCAAGACAGAGGAAGGACUGACUGAGGAGAACUUUAAGGAGCUGAAGCAGGACAUCUCCAGCUUUAGGUAUGAGGUCCUGGGGAUGAUGAAGGGGAAAGUGGGGCCUGGGGGUGGGGGUGUGGCUAUAGCAGGAAGUAAACCCAGUGAAGUGGCAGGGGCCUCCAGUCUGGUCUACCCUGACCACUCCUUCAAGUACUCCCCCAAGUUCCCCCCAGCCACGCUUAAGACCAACAUGUUUCACGUCACCACAUCCAUGCUCCAGCAGAGGGCAGCCCCCUCCUCCACCUCCUCGUCCACAUCCCCUUCCACCUCUCAGGGCUUGAACCGACUGGUCAACGGCUCUGUGGUACCCUCUUGGACCUCCACUGACACCUCCUCCAUCCCCACCUCCUCCACUUCCAUCUCCUCUCCCUCCUCCACUCCCUCCAUCAAAGAUGGACUGGCCAGGAAAGACAUCUGUGACUUUGGGCUCUACUCUGUGUCUGAGGAGAUGGGGGAGGCUGACCUGGAGGAGCUGGACUGUGAUGGAGAGAAGGAGGAGCAGGGUGGAGCGAGGGAGAGGACGUGUACAGAGAAGGAAGAAAACGAAGAGAGGGGAGAGUGAAGAGAGAAGGGUUCAUGUUAGCACAGACUGUUGAGGAUGAGGCUGCUACGUAGAAGGACUAUAGAGUGAAUACUGUUCAAAAGACCACAAGCGAUUUGAAUGUAUCAUUAUGAUACGUCUUCAUGGAGACCUGUGUAGUAACUUGUCUUGCGACUCCAGAACCAAUUCAGCUCUCAGACUAAUAUAUUCUGGUCUAGAACGUAUAAGCCGGAGACCUGGAGACUAGAAGUCUGUUUCUUGGUUUGUGUACCAAAUAGCACUCUAUUCUCUAUAUAGUGUACUACAUUUUACCAGGGGACAUAGGGCUCUGGAACCAGGGGACAUAGGGUUCUGGAACCAGGGGACAUAGGGUUCUAGAACCAGGGGACAUAGGGUUCUAGAACCAGGGGACAUAGGGUUCUAGAACCAGGGGACAGGGCUCUGGAACCAGGGGACAUAGGGUUCUGGAACCAGGGGACAUAGGGUUCUAGAACCAGGGGACAUAGGGUUCUGGAACCAGGGGAGAUAGGGUGUCAUAUGGAACAAGCAUAUAAGACGUCAUUCUCCGACCAGGAUUUCUGGAAAACCUGGGAAUUUGGGGAAAGUUACCUGAGUUUUGUAACCCUAGACGUGAUAGAACUAUCAGUAUUUUAUUAACAAGCCCUGUCUCUGCUGCUUCCUCCAGUCAGCCCCCUGCUAUUUCACAGCGAUCUCUUGUCAUAAUGCAUAACGGAAAACACUAAUGAUUCUUACAGGUAGAUCUGUACAAUGUCACACCUUAGCGAAUUAUUCAAAACUAGUUUGAACCCUAUUUCCUAUAUAGUGCACUACUUUUGACCAAGUUAAAUGAAUUUAUUGUGUUGGAGGUUUCAUGAUGCUUGUAUCUAAACGAAAGUAGAUAAUUGUAAGAUUGUUCUAUACAUCAUUUGAGGUUAAGUGUAUCCUAGUAGCUGUGUGGGCUAAUAAUCCAAAUGUUUGCCUUGGGGUAAUUUGAGCCAAUUACCACAGGGUAUGUUGAGCCAAUUACCACGGGGUAUGUUGAGCCAAUGACCAUGGGGUAUGUUGAGCCAAUGACCAUGGGGUAUGUUGAGCCAAUGACCAUGGGGUAUGUUGAGCCAAUGGCCAUGGGGUAUGUUGAGCCAAUGACCAUGGGGUAUGUUGAGCCAAUGGCCAUGGGGUAUGUUGAGCCAAUGACCAUGGGGUAUGUUGAGCCAAUGACCACGGGGUAUGUUGAGCCAAUUACCACAGGGUAGUUGAGCCAAUGACCAUGGGGUAUGUUGAGCCAAUGACCAUGGGGUAUGUUGAGCCAAUGACCAUGGGGUAUGUUGAGCCAAUGACCAUUGGGUAUGUUGAGCCAAUGACCAUGGGGUAUGUUGAGCCAAUGACCAUGGGGUAUGUUGAGCCAAUGACCAUGGGGUAUGUUGAGCCAAUGACCAUGGGGUAUGUUGAGCCAAUGACCAUGGGGUAUGUUGAGCCAAUGACCAUGGGGUAUGUUGAGCCAAUGACCAUGGGGUAUGUUGAGCCAAUGACCACGGGGUAUGUUGAGCCAAUGACCAUUGGGUAUGUUGAGCCAAUGGCAAGUUGAGCAAAUGUAAAUGUUUUCUUCCCAUGCGUAAUCCAAGGCAUUAUCGCUAGGAUAGGAGGUAACAACAGGGACUGUCCUAUUUUAAAAGUGUUUUAAAAAGUACAGUGUUUAUUAGGUGUUAAGCCUGUGUUAAAAUAUGUUUAAAAUUAUUUAAACACAAAAAAAGUGAUUGGACUUGUGUUAAAGAUAGACAUUGUUUAAAAAGGUAGUGGUAAUAUUUAAUUCAGUACAGACAUUUGAAGGCGGCUUAACUUACCCUGUCCCACAGUUCAUAUCACCCUAUACCCGGUGUGUUGUGCCAAGAGACUACUUUUUUUGGACAAGCUAUGUUUUCAGAACUGUAAUGUUUACAUGAAUUCGGAUUAUUUCCAUGUUAGAAAUAAUACUAUAUUUCCCUUUACGGAGUGAUACAGAAUGGAAAAAAUGUCUUAACUUACCCAACUCUCCCCUACAAAUGAAUGUUGACAUAGCUUAGCUUGUGAAAUACCAUUCAUUAGCUUUUUUUGUGAGGAAUUCCCCACGUUCUUUCCAUAUGAUGCUAUACUCAGUACUGACAGUAACACUGCACACUAACUCAGCUCCCAGCAUCCCAUUGUUAACCCUAAAGGGGCAAUCCGAGAGUGGUACAGCCAUUUGUGCAUAUUUUGGGGGGCUUUUUAUAGCUCCGUUUAUUUGAGUGUUUUCUUCUUUAGGCCCAUCCCUCAGCCGUUUACCAAAACAAGUGGUGGAGUUACCACUUUGUUGUUAUCAUGUCAGGAUGUGAGGCAGAUGGUUCAAGUCUCAGAGAUUUAUUGACUAUAGAGGGGCAGGCAAAAGGCAGGUUGAGGACAGGCAGGGGUUCGUUAUCCUGUAAUAGUUGGCAGACGUAGACAGUAGGCAGGCUCAGGGUCAAGACAGGCAAAACAGGUCGUAACCGGGGAGACUGGAACAAAAACAAGGAAGAGGAACGGGACAAGGCAAACUGGCAACAGUCAAAACAGAAAGCACAGGUAUAAAUUCACAGGGGAUGUAUGGGAGACACCUGGUGGGAGACAAGAGGCAAGGUGAAACAGAUCAGGGUGUGACAGUUGUUUUUCGAAUCCUAGAUUUGCCCUUCAAGGUAAGAUACUGGGACUCAGCAUCCCAUUGUUAACCUUAAAGACAUACCACUGCAUUCACAUGUGAAGUAUUGCAUUGUAUUCUGCUAUUCUGAUUAUGCAAAUUGAUUAGAUAUGUAUACUUUCUGAGGGAGUGCUAAUGUUGUGAUUUAUUUCUGGCAUUCAUUCAGGCUCCAGAGGGCUAUACAACAUGAAUCAAUAAACAUAAUAUGUUUUUAACAUA